GAGAGAACCGAAGUAAUUAUCAACGUCUACGACCUUCUACCUCCCGGCAGACUCUCCACCCUCCUCUGGACCCUCGGCAGUUCCCUCCUCCACUCCGGCGUAGUCCUCCACUCGCGAGAAUAUGCCUUUGGAGGACACAACAAACCCCACACGACAGGCGUCUACUACACACGACCCCUCCAACUUCCCCCCGGAGGAACGCAUCGCGUCAGCAUUUCGCAAGGAUAUACCCACCAUUCGCCCGCUGCAAUCCAAACGAUUCUGCAGCAAGUCAGCGCGGAAUUUCAGGGACAAAAGUAUCAUUUGUUGAAGAAUAAUUGUAAUCAUUUUACUCAGGCUUUGGUGGAGGCUUUGAUGGGAGGUAAGGAGAAGAAGAGGAAGAAGACUACGACGCCUGCGUGGUUGAAUCGUGCGGCUGGGAUUGGAUUGGCGUUGCCGUGUAUGGUUCCGAGGGAGUGGGUGCAAGGGCCGGAUGUGGAUAGUGCGGACGGACAAUUGGUCGUGGAAGCAGAGGAAGAUGAU